AUGAUGUUGAAAUCCUUAUGGAAAAGCCUGAUAAGCCUUCAACAUAAGUGUGUGAAGAAGCAAAAGAGUGAAGUUGAUGGAAGUGUGUCAGUGCAUGGUGAAGAAGACUUGGUCGUUUUGCCUGUGCAGUGUUCCAACUGUCGCAUAGAAGAAACCAAACAAUGCAAUUGUGACCAUACUCAUGUAGCAGAAGAUGCAAAUGUCCACGCUCAGCGUGAUGUUAACUCCAACAGUUCCUUUACUCAUGCUGUCAUCAACAUGGUGGGGAUGCUCGUAGGUUUGGGGCAACUAUCAACUCCAUAUGCAGUGGUAAGUGGAGGGUGGGUGUCUGCAUUCUUGCUUGUAGGACUAGGUGUGAUGUGUGCUUACAGUUCUCACAUACUUGGAACAUGCCUCAGAAAGAAUCCAAAGUUAAGAAGCUUUGUGGAUAUUGGGAAACAUGCGUUUGGAUCAAAAGGAAGGUUGGUGGCUGCAACAAUCAUCUACAUGGAAAUCUUCAUGUCCCUUGUUUCCUACACCAUCUCAUUACAUGAUAAUUUGAACACAGUCUUUCUGGGGACAAAUCUCAAGCACCACUUCCCCAAAUUCUCCUCAUCUCAGUUCCUAACAGUGGUGGCAGUUCUCAUUGCCCUCCCUAGUUUGUGGAUCAGAGACCUCUCUUCCAUAUCUUUCCUUUCAACACUUGGCAUUCUCAUGUCUCUCCUCAUUUUUCUCUGUGUAGCUGCCACUGCACUUUUAGGACAUGUCCGAAACAAUCAUGCCAUACCUGUCCUCCAACUCCAUAAUAUUCCAUCAGUAUCUGGCCUUUACGUCUUUGGCUAUGGAGGACACAUUGUUUUCCCCGAAUUAUACACAUCCAUGAAAGACCCUUCAAAAUUUACCAAGGUUUCUAUUGUGAGCUUCGCAGUGGUUACAGCAAUUUACACGACACUGGGGUUCAUGGGUGCGAGGAUGUUUGGUAAGGAUGUAAAGUCUCAAAUAACUCUGAGCAUGCCAGCAGAGAGCAUUGUGACAAAGGUUGCUCUGUGGGCAACCGUGGUGGCACCAAUGACCAAAUACGCGCUUGAAUUCAUACCAUUGGCAAUUCAACUCGAACAUGCUCUUCCAAGCACCAUGAGUGGCAGAAACAAGAUGAUUAUUAGGGGUUGCGUGGGUUCAUUUUCACUUUUGGUCAUACUAACCCUUGCUCUGUCGGUUCCAUAUUUUGAACAUGUACUAAGUCUCACUGGUUCCCUUGUCAGUGUUGCCGUUUGUUUGAUUCUGCCAUGUUCUUUCUACUUGAAGACAUGUUGGGGUCAAAUAUCAAACCUUGUCUUGCUCCUUAACCUCUCUCUCAUCACAUUUGGCUUUCUUCUUGCUCUCAUGGGCACCAUUUCCUCCUCAAAGUUGCUACUCAAAAGUUUUCAAUUGCAUCACUCAAGUUAAUUGGAGUGAUUACUAUAUACAUAUAUAUGUACUGAUAGGCCAGUCUAUGGUUGCGAUUUCUUGCUUAAUGAAAAAUAGUUAAUGAUAUCAAUUGUGUUAUAGUUAAAAUUGCAUAAUAGUGGAACUACCUUAUAAAAAGGUAUCCAAACAUAGGUUGACAUAAUUAAUAUAUACAAACUUGUAAAGAUUACGAAAAUUAUGCUGAUAAUAUGAAAGGCUUGUAAAAAUUAUAGGUAAAAUGAGUGUGUUUUACUUAUAACUUGAACCUAUAUGUUUUCUUUGAUGUCUUAGUUUGUCUUUACCUUCUAUUAUAAUAAUCUCAAGAAUCGAACUCAUUGCACCGUACUUAUUACACUAUUUUAUCUUAUUUUUAAAGCAAAACUCUCUCUACCAAAUGCUUUAAAGAAAUUGAAUAAAAAAUGUUAAUGAAUAAAGAAAAUUGUAGUUGUGUCAUGUUGAUUGAAAAAUGAUAAUAAAUAAAAAAUUAUUAUGAAGUUUGGAACAGUUCUGAAAAGAAAUGGAUGUGAUCGUGUGUUGUUAUGAGAUGCUUAUAAAAUGUCGGCGCAUAUUAAUCUGAAAUGAUUGAAGUCAUUCCGGUAACAUGCUUCCCAACUUUUGAGCAUUAUAAUAUCAAAUACUUUUUAAAAUCAUUUUUAACUAAUUAACAUUUAAAUAGUUGUAAAUUUAUUUUACUGAGGAUUGCCAACUAAAACAACAAAUUUCGUUCAAGAUAAGAAAAAUAUCUCAAAUCCCCCCUCUUCAUAUCUAAUCCCAUUUCUGAUAAAUCUUUCAAAAUUUAUCAUAAUUUUAUUAUUUUUAUAUUUCAAUAAAAUUUUAUUUAUUUAUAUUUGUAAAGAAAAUGUAUAUAUC